UGUCAGUACGUAUGAUCUCUGGUGUGCAUAUGUAAACUGAAGUGUUUUUUUUGCGCGCGGAUGUUUUGUUUACUGGUGGUUAAACAUGGGAACAGAUAGCAGGCGAAUUCAGGGUCCAGAAAAUUCGACGUCAUAUUUAUUGCACGUCGAAAAACCAGAUCUGACUUACGCAGAGUAUAUAAAAAGUAUAUGUCCAAGCAAUGGUGUCAGAGCCUGUGGGAGGCAUAUGGACGAACAACGUAAAGUUUACAUGAAAACUGGUGUGGUGAGUCAGGCUAAAGGUUCAGCCUAUUUGGAACAGGAAAGAACGAAAGUUGUCUGUUCAGUCUUCGAUCCCCGAGAAAUUCCAAGGAAGUCUGAAUACAGCAUAAACGGCGAAUUGUAUUGUGAAUUCAAAUAUGCUCCAUUUUCGUGCAAAAAAAGAAGAGGCCAUCAACAGGAUUCAGAAGAGAAACAAUACAGCUUGAUGCUACGUAGAGCCUUAGAACCAGCAGUUUGUCGUCAUGAGUUUCCAAAUUUCCAAGUGGAUGUCUACGUUCUCGUGCUUGAAAAUGAUGGAUGUGCACUAGCAGCUGCUAUCAACUCGGCCGCUCUCGCAUUAGCUGAUGCGAGUGUCCCCAUGUAUGACUUGGUGUGUGCAGCAACUCUGGGGAUUCAUGGUGACCUGAAGUUCACUGAUCCUACAGCUGAAGAGGAAGAUUUAUGCAACACAACUCCUCAAGAUGGGACCAACUUAAACCAUGGUACAGUUACAGCUACUCUGUUACCAACACAUCAGCAGAUAUCAGAAUACACCCAAAGUGGAAUAAUGGACAUUGAUAGUGUUACUGAUGCUAUUAAUAUUCUGAUGAAACUGUGUGAAGCUGUGUAUCCUCUUUCAAAACAAUGUUUAGUUAAACAUGUUGCAAGGAUGUCAAAGAAGAAAAUGGACGUUCUGUUAAAUACGAGUGCUGACAGAAUAGUUUGUUGAAUGAAAAAGGGAGAUCACUGCUGCUUCUUCUUUAAUUCAUUCCUGCCUUGAUGUCAUUAAACAUGAACAUUUGUAGAAGCAGAGCAGAGAAUUAGUGAUUGUAACUAUGUGGAAAGGAAGGCAAAACUAUGAUUGGAACUCAUUACAUUUGUGCAAGAGUGGAUAGUUCUUUGUUGCGACUACUGUUUUAUUCAAAUUUUGUAAGUGUACAAUGCACUGCUACAUUUUUAUUGGGAUACAUAGGGUGUGAUGUACAUUUUGUAAUAAUUUUUUUUAAUAAUUUGUAACUAUAAUAAGAGUAAAGACUAAACAGUAUUGAGUAAUAAAACCACUGUAGUGAUGUCCUAAUCAUAAAACUAUACUUAAGUUUCAGUAAAUAAUUUUGAAACAGUUA